GUAUACCCAGAGAGCUUCGUCGAGCAUUGUACUUAAAAUAGCUACCUAACUAUCUCGGAUGAUGGGUUUAUAACCGUUAAACUGAGCUGUCUAGCUUGUUAGUACUGUCAAUAUCUUAAAGACUACUUAUUCUAAAUAUUUUUUCAAGUGGCUUGAGCUGGAGGAGGUGUGGUUGUACUGACUUCACAGAGAAACAUUUAACAUGUCGGAUGAAGAAGAAGCGCCAGCGGUGAAAAAGGCUCGGAUCUUCUAUGGAAGCAUCGAAGAAAAGGAGAAAGAACGUCUUGGUCGUGAGGGAGCCACCUCCUCUGUGAAAGAUGCUAUUAAGGCUGGAAUUGAGGCUGGCAAUAUUAACAUUUCCAGUGGUGAGUCCCUGGAGCUAGAGGACCGUGUAAGUGAGCGUCAGGCUGAGGUGCUGGCCGAAUUUGAGCGUAGAAAAAGAGCUCGACAAAUCACAGUCUCUACUGAUGAUGCUGAAGUCAAAGCCUGCCUGCGUGCUCUGGGAGAGCCAAUCUCACUGUUCGGUGAAGGCCCCGCUGAAAGACGAGAGAGAUUGAGGAAUAUCUUGUCAGUAGUAGGGCCUGAUGCCUUGAAGAAAUCCAAGAAAGAUGAAGACAAAGCAAAGCGUUCCCAAGAUGAUUCUCAGCAAACAUGGUACCAUGAGGGCCCUGACACUCUAAAAGAGGCACGUCUCUGGCUAGCUAAAUAUUCAUUGCCCAGAGCCGUGAUGAGGUUAGAUGCUGCACGUGCUCAGAAAGAGGUUCCAGAAUCAACACGCACCAUAAGGCAGCAAGAGCUUCACAAGUCUCUCAGGAACUUGAAUAACUUCUGCAGUCAGAUUGGAGAUGAUCGUCCGAUAUCCUACUGCCAGUUCAGCCCUAACUCCAAACUCCUAGUGACUGCUUCAUGGAGUGGGCUGUGCAAACUCUGGAAUGUCCCAGAUUGUAGCCUUGUCCGCACAUUAAGGGGUCACAAUACUAAUGUUGGAGCAAUUAGUUUCCAUCCACAAGCCACUCUUACUCUUGAGGAGACAGAUGUCAACAUGGCCUCUUGUGCUGCAGAUGGAUCUGUUAAACUGUGGAGUUUAGAUAGUGAUGAGCCUGUCGCAGACAUUGAGGGUCACUCCAUGAGGGUGGCUCGGGUUGCAUGGCACCCUUCUGGUCGCUUUCUGGGUACAACUUGUUAUGACAACUCAUGGCGACUGUGGGAUCUUGAGGUCCAAGAGGAAAUUCUUCAUCAGGAAGGCCACAGUAAAGGUGUCCAUGAUUUGCAUUUUCAUCCUGAUGGGUCCUUAGCAGGAACUGGUGGCCUGGACUCUUUUGGUCGCAUAUGGGACCUGAGGACUGGUCGCUGUGUCAUGUUCUUGGAGGGCCACCUUAAAGAGAUAUAUGGAAUCAAUUUCUCCCCAAAUGGUUAUCAUGUGGCCACGGGGAGCGGUGACAACACAUGUAAAGUGUGGGACUUGAGGAAGAGGACAUGCAUAUACACAAUCCCUGCUCAUCAGAAUCUGCUGUCCUCAGUCAAGUUCCAGCCUACGGAUGGUCAUUUCUUGCUCACUGGUGCGUAUGACAAUACAGCUAAAGUGUGGACCCACCCUGGCUGGUCUCCUCUCAAGACUCUGGCAGGGCAUGAGGGCAAGGUGAUGGGACUGGAUCUGUCCCCUGAUGGACAACUAAUUGCCACCUGUUCCUAUGACCGCACCUUCAAACUCUGGGUGUCUGAGUGAAAAACAUGGAGCUAUAAUGGAGUGUUUCUAUUUUUUUAUCUUCAUUGUUGGAUUGGAUCUUUUUAAAGAUUUAUUUCUUGUUUAUUUGUUUUUCUUUUGGCAAAACAAGUGCUGUUCACACUUUUAUAAGAUUUAUUCAGGUAUCUUUUUCAUUGACCUUGUUUUGCUUUUAUUAAAACAUUAAGACAGGAGGCAUUCACUCUUAUUUUGUCUGUGUUAUCAUGUUAUAAAAGUAUUGAAUUUCCGUCAUAUAUGAUGUCCCAAACAAUUGGGAAAAUCAAUGAGAACAGUGAAAAUAGAAUUUCUGUGAUGAGUACAUUGUCUGUGGAAGCAUUGUAUAUUCAUUGAUUUUUGUCCUUGUCCUAGUCAGGUCAUGUUUAGAGCCUAUAGUCUUGAGUUUUGUUUGUCAUAUUUUCAUUGAAAUCUAAACAUAUUAAAGGUUAUGUUUAUUUCA